GAUGUCAAGGCAGGCAUUGAUUCUUGACUCCCACAAUCUCAUCCCUAAGCUUCUCCCCCAAUCCAUCAAGAGCAUCGAGUACGUUCAAGGCAAUGGCGGUCCUGGAAGCAUCAAGCAAACCAACUUCCAUGAAGGGAGCCACAUGAAAUGCUUGAAGCAUAAGAUUGAUUCACUUGACAUUGAGAACUAUCAGUGCAAGUACACUAUGAUUGAAGGCGAUGCGUUGGGUGGCAAGCUAGAAUCUCUGUCUUAUGAGGUUAAGUUUGAGGCUACUGCUGACGGAGGAAGCAAGGUGACAAGCACAACUUACUAUCACGCCAAGGGUGACACUGAGCUCAAAGUAGAGGAACUGACUGCCGGAAAGGACAAGGCCAUGGGGAUGUUCAAGGUUAUCGAAGAGUAUCUGCUCGCAAACCCAAAUGUCUACGCUUGAACCAAAAUGUGUUCUUGUUUGAGUUAAUUCUCUAUUAGACUAUUAUGUAUUUCUGUGUUGUGUUGAAGGUGUGAACACUAAGCUUCUUUUAAGUUGUUUGAAGAGUUAUGUUCAGUUUGAGAAUAAGAACCCCAAACUCUUGUAAUAUAAUCAUACAUAUUAUCAAAUAUGUAAUGCGUCUUUUGUUUCAAUUUGCGUGUGUGCUUUUUAAAAGAAAUAAAAAAUAAAAAAAAAAUCUUGUGGUACUA